AGCACAGCACAGCUCACCAAAACGCCAUUACAAGAGCUUCGAAGUCGUCUAACCUCACUAAUUGUUUAUUGUCAUAAAUUGAUAAUUUAUUGUUAAUAAUUUAAACCUCAUAAAUGUGGAAUCAGUGAUAAGUUGGAGCAAGUGUAACUAGUAAUUAUCGAGAAGACAUUCGCCAUCCAGCAAUGUCUGUGUUCUUUGUUAAUGCAAAUCAAGACAGCGAAGUGGAGGAUCCGAUAGAUUCAAAUGGAGAUCUCCAGAUAGCAUCUCCGGGGAGUUCUGAAGCACAACAGGCACUGCUUACCUUCUGGCCGAAAAUAACUGAAGAAAUUAAAAAAAUAGCAACAGUUAGCGCGAUGGAUUUGAAGACACAAUCCCUGCCUCUGGCGAGGAUAAAAAAAAUAAUGAAGUUGGACGGUGACGUGAAGAUGAUCAGCGCCGAGGCACCAAUGUUAUUUUCAAAAGCAGCUGAAAUAUUCAUUCACGAGUUAACCCUGCGCGCGUGGGUGCACACUGAGGAUAAUAAAAGACGAACACUCCAGCGUAAUGAUAUUGCAAUGGCAAUAACAAAGUAUGAUCAAUUUGAUUUUCUUAUCGACAUUGUACCGAGAGACGAAUUGAAACAGAGUAAAGCCCAGUCGGACGGUGUUCGUACAGUAAUGAAUUCGGAUCAGGUGCAUUAUUAUUUUCAAUUGGCACAGCAACAAGCAUCUGCUAAUCAGAGUGUUCAGAAUAAUGGUGCAGCACAGCCUAUACAAAUUGUUCAACCCAAUGCGGGACAGAUACAGACGAUUAAUAUUGGCAGUUCAGUUGAUCAGGAGUCGACGACAACGAGUACCGCUCAAACCGUCACUGUGCAGAGUCCUCAGCAGGGAGGUGGCCAGCAAGUUAUACAGCUUCAACAACAGCCGCAACAGACUUCGCCGCAAACUGGAGGAAUACAGAUAGUACAACAGAUUGUUACACCUAACGGGGAUAUUCAGCAAAUACCUAUUCAACUAACCCCCCAACAACUACAAAUGAUUAGAAUGCAAGUACAAGGGGGCAGUAAUCAGCCGAUAAUCAUCCAAGCAGCACCGAUACAAGCCCAACCACAGAUAAUCCAAGUGGCGCAGAGUGGCCAAACCCCCGUGUACCUUCAAACGAGUGGGAACGAUAACGAAUAACCCCUCUUCCUGAAAAAAUCUCUGCUUUACCUCUAGAUUAAAUGUAUAAACAUUUUUAAUUAAUUAAUAUAUAUAGAUGUUAAACGGUACUGUAAGAUUUACUUAAACGAGUGAAUGAAGAUAUCAUUUUUUCUAAGCAA